AUGGAGAGAAUAUAUAGCUCCGACGAGCUAGAAGUUUGUGAGGAAGUGGGGAGGGGUGGAUUUGGUGUCGUGUAUCGUGGUGUUUUGAAGAGUAUAGGCAAGGAAGUUGCCAUCAAACAGAUAGACCUAGAGAGCGAACUGGCAGACCUAUUCGAGGUAAACAGAGAGAUCACCAUCUUGUCUGAAUGCCGAAUCCCACAAAUCACGCGAUACCUUGGCUCGUUUGUCAAGAAUUACAAGUUAUGGGUCAUCAUGGAGUAUGUGAGUGGAGGAAGCUUAUUUGACUUGUUGAAGGCAGGACCUAUAACCGAUGAAAGACUUGUUGCUGCCAUGGCAAAGGAAGUUCUUAUAGCCCUUGCAUAUUUGCAUGAUCAAGGCAAAAUUCACCGAGACUUGAAGUCACACAAUAUCUUAUUGGGGCACGAUGGAGAGGUAAAGCUCACUGACUUUGGUGUGUCUACACAGCUAUCUUCCAACUUCUCGAGAAGAAAUACUACAGUGGGAACCCCGUACUGGAUGGCGCCUGAAGUUAUUUUGAACAACACAGGCGGCCAUAGCUACAAGGCUGACAUUUGGUCGUUGGGGUGCUGUGUUUUUGAGCUACGGAACGGGAAACCGCCUCUCCAGGAACACUUUGCGCCCAUGAAGGCACUUCGACAAAUCUCUCUGUGUCGAAACGAUGGAGACUUUUGGGAGCUCAUUCAAACGGAGCUGAGCAAGAGCUGGUCGCAUGAAAUGUUGGACUUUUUUCAUCGGUGCUUCGUUUUGCAGCCACUGGAAAGAUGGUCUGCAAGACGUCUUCUACGCCACAAAUUCAUACAGAAGGCGGAUGAGAUAUCAGAGGAGCAGAGGCGGAGAGAUCUUCGCAAAUUGAUAACGAAGAAACACCUUUGGGAUCAGGAGCACCACAUAACACGGACCAGACGAUACUACGCGCCUACCGAGAUCCAAAUGAAUCAGCAACGGUGGCUAAACGGAGGAGUAGGAGAUGCAGAAAAUAAGGAGAACAGGGUUGAGUUUGACCUAAGCUCUGUCAAGGAUUCUACAAAACUCGCCCCAGACGAACGUGCCAGUGCUAGUCACAAGACCACUCCUUCUCCUGCGCCUUCCAACAAACAAGAGAUCAACACCAAAAAUCUUGCCUCAGAGUUCAUUCGAAUCUUAAACCGAGUCUUCCAUAAGAUCGAGCUGAGAAACCUGUUGCCAAGGGAACAGUAUGAUCAGCUUAUCGAACUCAACGACAGUUUAAUACGGCUUUUCGUGCCUGCAAGGGUGAACGAAGACUCGGACGCGUCACAAAGUAGGAUUUUGAUUGCCCAGUAUCUCAGGUACCUUGUCAAAGAGCUUGUCAAGCCACAACCUGAGAACUCCACUCGACUCCAACUACAAAAGCAGAUCCUUCCUUCUGCAGUGCACGAGACAAUUCCAGCUGAGCCUGUGACACUCAGAGGUAAGAAAACCAGCAGCACUCUCGAUGAAAUCGAAAAGAGUCUACUCGAGUCGUGGCUCGAUAAAAUGAAAAACGAUUAA